AUGGCGCGCGGCGGCCGCGGCCUCCUGCGCCUGGCGCUCGCGCUGCUGCUGGCGCUGGCGCUGCGGGCCAAGCCCACGGUGCGCAAGGAGCGCGUGCUGCGCCCGGACUCGGAGCUGGGCGAGCGGCCGCCCGAGGACAACCAGAGCUUCCAGUACGACCACGAGGCCUUCCUGGGCAAGGAGGACUCCAAGACCUUCGAUCAGCUCACCCCGGACGAGAGCCGGGAGAGGCUGGGGAAGAUUGUUGAUCGAAUUGACAGUGAUGGAGACGGUUUUGUCACCACUGAGGAGCUGAAAACUUGGAUCAAACGGGUACAGAAAAGAUACAUCUAUGAUAACGUUGCUAAAGUCUGGAAGGAUUAUGAUAGGGACAAAGAUGAUAAGAUUUCCUGGGAAGAAUACAAACAAGCCACAUAUGGCUACUACCUAGGAAACCCUGCAGAGUUCCAAGAUAGUUCUGAUCACCACACCUUCAAAAAGAUGCUACCACGUGAUGAAAGAAGGUUCAAGGCUGCAGACCUCAAUGGAGACCUGACGGCUACUCGGGAAGAGUUCACCGCCUUUUUGCAUCCUGAGGAGUUUGAGCAUAUGAAGGAGAUUGUGGUUUUGGAAACACUGGAGGACAUCGACAAGAAUGGGGAUGGGUUUGUGGACCAGGACGAGUACAUCGCGGAUAUGUUUUCCCAUGAGGACAGUGGCCCCGAGCCAGACUGGGUUUUGUCAGAACGGGAGCAGUUCAAUGAUUUCCGGGAUCUGAACAAGGAUGGGAAGCUGGACCAGGAUGAGAUUCGCCACUGGAUCCUUCCUCAGGAUUAUGACCAUGCUCAGGCUGAGGCCAGGCACUUGGUGUAUGAGUCAGACAAAGACAAGGAUGAGAAGCUAACUAAGGAGGAAAUAUUGGACAACUGGAACAUGUUUGUUGGAAGUCAAGCUACCAAUUAUGGGGAAGAUCUCACAAAAAACCAUGAUGAGCUUUGAUGGAAACUCAUCAUGAGGUGGCAGCUGUCAGGGGCUUUACUCUGUUGCCAUGCAGGUUACUACGGUUGUCAAAUUUACAGUAGUUGUGUCCCCCAAAAGCAAGAUUAUACCUCAGGUUGGGGUAAAAAAAUUAUUUUCACUCCAUAUUUUCUGGAAAAUGGUAACACUUUUUUUUCCCAGUAAGUUUUCUCUCAAAACACAUUAACAUCUUGGAAAAUAGCAACGUUCUAUGUGGGACACAUUGCUAUCAUAUGAGUUUUUAAAGUUUUUACCCCCACUAAAUUUAAAGGAAAGCAGGAUAAAACUCAGAAGAGCCCUGUUACUCAGGUUGGGCGGGUUGGGUGCUGUAUACAGAGUGACUGCUACGUAUUUGAACUGUUAGGCGUUUUAAAGUUGCCGCUGUUCCAACAGUUGGUGAAGAAAAAUCCUGAUGAGGAACAUGUGGUUGUGUUCUCAUUUUUUAGAAGCAAGUCUGCUGUUUCAGUUUUUUUUUUUUUUUUUUUUCUUGACCUUCUCUGUUGAGUUGUUACUGUAAUCAGAAGAUAAAACUUCUGUGUGCUUUUUCUGUAUGGACCUGCUAAUGUGCACAGUUAAUCCACAUCUUUGUUUUGUUUUUAUAAGAAGCAACAAGAAAGAUAAUGUGAACAAGAAAGGAGUUUUAGAGGUUGGGGAACGAUGAAUACCAGGUAUUUGAAGGACUAUAGGAACUUGGUAAACACUUUAAAUAUACUUGAGAAGGGUUUUCUGACAUGGAAGUAAGGUAGGUCUGAUUUCUGAAAUAGUAAUAGAAAUACAGCCCGUUUCCUCAGUCUUCCGUGAAUGAGGCUGUGGGGCAGUAGGGAAUCCAAAUGCAGUGGCGUUAUCUGGUCAGUCCUGGACCCUUGGACCUGCCCCCACAGUGGCUUGUACCUUGCCAUAGGGACAAGGUGAUAUUCCAAGCCGUUGGCUGAACUGAUAGAAACAAUUACAGGUUGAAAUUCCACCUUGUACGUAGGAAAUGAAUGAAAUAAAGGAUACUCUAGUGUGUCUUGUGGUA